AUGCCAGAUGAAGCUGAUAUACUUGCACCCUCGGCGCCGAGUUGCCUGAUCGGGAACAUUGCAGCAAACCAGGGCUGUCUGAGACUUCCCCGCAAAGGAAGAAAAGGCCGAGCAUGUCUUUCCACCAUCCUCACUGCUGCCGCCUCCCGAAUGCUGGAAAAUGCGCAAGAAGACCUGUCUGACAUGCAAAUCUCGCAAGGCGAUGGAGUUCAGCCUGUCUGUGGUCGCUGCUCGAAGUCAAGUCGCCCCUGUCGCUAUGCUCAACAUCGGUCUGCGACCAUCGCCUUUCGACAUAGCAGAUUGUCAACCCUGGUAGCUCAAGCAGAAGGAUUCACCAAAAAUGAUAAGAUUGACGUCUCAGUCUCAACACAGCCCCCUGCACCUACUCCGGUGGUGACAGAAACCACUCAAGUGUCAUCAACGUCUCUAUUUCCGAAUGAACCGGCGGUGUCUGCUCUCCCCGCUGACGACCGAGCCCUACCGCAUAAUGCCAUUCGCUAUCCUGCCUCUGAGUCAGGAGAAGCAGCAUCGAGUCCAUCCUUCCCACGAAACCCGUACACAGUUUCGCCGACUGCACCAAUCCCCAGGCCCGGUCUCUUCUACAGACAUGCGCCUCGGAGACUAACGACCAUAGAGGGCGAACUAUUACAGUUCUUUGUGCAGAACAUCGGACCCUGGCUAGAUGUCACCAGCCCUGAGCGUCAUUACACAUAUACGGUUCCUCGAUUAUCCCUACAAUGCACCCUCCUCCACACAGCCAUCAUGGCCUGCUCCGCGCACAUCCUCCGCCUCCUCAACCCCGAGCGGACUGAGCUGUCAUCCGAAGAAGACAAAUACCAAUCCACAUGCAUCAACCUCCUCAUCCCCAUCCUCAAUGACGUAGGCUCAGCAGUUCAAGAUGAAGCCGUGCUCGCCACUAUCACCAUCCUCCGCAUGUCCGAGCAAUAUGACGAAUACCACAUAGACCGCCAAUGCCACCUAGUCCCAGGAGCAUUCGCGCACCUUGACCCCUCCGCGCAAGCAUCCACCCGCACCGGGGGUCUACUACAAGCGACUUUUUACUCCUACGUGCGGGCAGAUAUCCGCAUGGCCAUUCUCGGCCGCUGCAGCACCAAGAUCGCUGUAUCUAGCUGGCCAUUGGACGAAAGCUACCCCGAGACAGGCGCUGACUGGGCGAACAGGAUGACGUGGCUGCUAGUUCAUGCGAUCAAUCACUGCUUUGGUCGUGAGUGUCCGGGUCUGUUGCCGAGGGCUCAGUUAGAUGAGCUUAUCGAUGAAUGGAGGAGUAAUGUACCUGAUACGUUCGAGCCGUAUUACUAUGAGGAACAGGAACGAGACUCGUUCCCAGUGAUUAGGUUGCUUUGUUCGUGGCAUGUCGUCGGUCUCCAAUUCUACCACACAGCCAAAAUCCUCCUCGCCUCGCACUUCCCCCCAUCACCACCACACACCACCCCAGACACAAACAUCAACACGAACAACAUCCUAACAUACCACCACCACCUCAAAACUACCAUCCUCCCACACGUCCACGCCCUAUGCGCAAUCUCCUUCUCCAACGAUCACUUCGGAUGCCGGAUCAACGCCUCACAUUGUGUCGCUAUGGGGGCACAGUUCCUCACCGGCCGAGGAGAUCAAUGGCGCGUAAUAGAGUAUUUCAGGAUGCUGGGAACGGAGAACGCGUGGCCGAGUCGGGCGUGUUUGGAUAUGGUGGGGAUGGAGGGGGUUUAG